UCAAUAUGGCCGCCUCCUACAGUAAACAUGCUUGAUCUUACAUCGGGGAGAAGCAUUGCAAUUUAUUUAUGUAUUACGUCUGAAAAUUACUGACAUGGAAGUUUCAGUGAACAGUUCAGGGAAUGCAGCAUCUAUUAGAAGACCUGUUUCAACUAACAGUGCAAGAAAGAUAAAGGACAAUGCUGCUGACUGGCACAACUUCAUUCUGAAAUGGGAUCGAUUAAAUGAUGAAGGUUUUACAAUUGCAAACAAAAUUGUCAACCUGAAACUAAGCAAAAUAACAGAAAAUGACUCAGAAUCUAAACUGGAGUGUGAUGGUUCAGCUGUCUCCCCAAGAUCUGCUACUGCAACCGAACCAAACCAGGAACUGCAGGACGAAUGCACUGAGCUGUUGAGGAUCUUGGAGAAAAUGACUCACCUUGUAUCAAAAAUGAGGAAGCUGUCAUCUACCGUUAAAGGCAUAUGUGCACUGGAAACAUUUCACCAUGGAGAUGCCGGAAGAGAAAGCCCUUUGUUUCAUACUUGGCCGACGGCACAGUUUGAUGACGUCUCCUCAAAACUUUUGGAAUCUUAUGAGCAAGAACUGACCCUUAAAGAAACAAUAGUGCAAGAAAUUGCACACACAACUGACCGGAGUCUUUCCCUGGUUCAUCUGUCAGCCUGGCUUCAUCAGCCAUACAUUGAGGACAACACCAAGGUUCUUUUAGAAAGCAUGCUGCUGGAGACUGGGCAUAGACCACUGUGAAGCAAACUGGAGGACUUAUCUUAAAUGUCAUCAGUUUCAGAUGAAAAACUGCAUUCUUUCUCCUUUGGCAGAGAAAUGAGUAUAUACUACUUCAUUUUGAAUUGUUUGUCCAAUUUUAUGCGAUAUUAGGGUGAAGUGACAUGGGAAGCUCACAGAGAAUUAAAUAUAGCACAGUAAC